GCAAUACGAGAGAUAUUAUAGAUUGCAGCUUCGACACUUCGUGACGUUUCGUGCCUCUCGUAUUCCGUAUCGAUAUUGAACAGCGGCGAUUUUGAAACAAGAGAUACGCGUGCAAAUCACAUGAUCGUCACGGUUUUAUAUCGCGGUCGUGUCACGCACGUGUCGCAUACGCGAGGCGAGAAACCGGCAUCCGCUCGACUAAAAUAAAAUGUAAAUCAUCUUCGCGCGUUUCCUGUUUUGAUCUUUCGAUCCGCGAGUCAUCUCUACCCAAUGUGCAAUUUAUAUACACGAGUCAAUGAUUUGAGCGUUAGGUACAAUAUGUACGCCGAGGGAGACAUGAUAAAACUUUGAUCGUAUCAAUUUUUUAUCUGUCCGAUAACAAAACGGAAUUACCAGUCAACAAUUUUCAAUCUUCUCAUAUACGAGAGGCAAAGAGAUCGUCAAGUGUGAAUCAAGUAUCUCUGUCCGAAGUCGGGCGGUCUUUUUUCGAUUUUACUCCUUUGGGAAAAGAUUUUCUCGCACACUGUCGCGAUCCAAUGGUGUAGUAGAAAACAAUUUAAUUACAGUAAUUUCUUCUUGGAAACGCAAAGUCGCCUUCGCGACCAAAUACCAAUUAUCCUACGAUAAAAUUGAAAUGAUUUUGUACCAACGGGACCAUAUAGUGCGAUGGAACGCUAUAAUUAUAUUAAUUGCUAUAAUUAGAUAGUCGAGUAAAAUCAUUAUUCUUCCUUGUCGAAAAGACAUAAAUAUUGCGCUCUAUUACUCGCCUUGCUUUAUAUCGUAUGGUAUUAACAAUCUCUCCAUAAAAGAAUCUGUCUUUCGUACUUCCGAAGAAGUUAACUUAAGCGGCAACGGAGAACACGUGCCCCGUUCCAAGAUUCUUCCUUCUCGUUCAUUUAGAAAAAGGAAGCCGCUUAAAACGCGUAUUAAUUAAAUUACGCGUAAUUGCUUGCUUGUGUAAUUAGCUUGAACGUACUGAGUAGCUGCAGCUAAAUGAGAGAUAAUAAAGUCCACGUGUUAUAUUUUAUAAAUACUGACAAGCGUCACGGUCAAAGUCUACCACUUUUACAGUGUAGCCUUCUCCGGGAGUUUCAUCAUCUCCUUUUAUCCGCUCGCUUAGAGUGACAGGUAUAUUAACAUCUAUAAACUAUUUCAAUUCAAAGUUAAAGCAACGCUGUGUGUAGAUACUCCGUUUUCGAUAUGCAAAAAUAUUCGAUACAUUAUUCACAUAGUAUUUAUCGACUCCAUUUCAGUGAAUAUAUUAAUAUUCAACGAUUCGCUUUAAUGGCAUUUAACACAACAUUGUCCAGCUAUUCUGUCCUCGAUACUAUUCGGCACUAGAUAUCCUACGCCAACGCCUUACUUGUUUAUUCACACACGCCGUCAAAAAUAUGGAUAUUUGAGAGGAGAGCCAAAGAUAAGAAGAUUUGCGACAGCGACGUAUUAUCCAGCCUGCUGAAUUUACCGGAGGAGUAGAACGGGAAGAGACGCGACGUGAUACUCCUCGCAGCAGUACGAAGGCCCUAGCCUGCGGAACGCUCGCUCGUGCGUCCGGACCUCUCUUGAACUUUGUGCGCGCCGCUCGCUCUGUGCAUACGAUUCAUCAUUCGCUUAUCUGUCAAUGCAGCGCAUUUAAAGAGGACGCAGCCUAAAUGCCUUCUCUCCCCGCUGCCCUCCCAAUCGCCCCGAGAUCGUCUGAAGUAACUGAUGAUCGUUCGAGCAUAAUCGAUCUUUAUCACUCGAUCGGUUCGAACAAAGUGUGCAUAACGAUGGAAGUAUUGAUGCACGAGGCGAGCAACCGGAGGGAAACCAGCGCGGAUACGUCGGUCCGUACAGCCGACCCUAAAUCUACGCCCAACGAGAGGCAAGAGGACGCCAACAUGCCGUCCGAUGACGCGGUCAACAACGCCCUGGAAUCGGUCGACAUCAUUUUCGAGAACAUCACCUACACUGUCAGCCUUGGCUUCAGAAAGGGGAUGAAAGAGAUCUUGCACGGGAUUAACGGAAGGCUCCCAAGCUCACAGUUGAUCGCUUUGAUGGGGCCAUCCGGCGCGGGCAAGUCCACGUUACUCGACGUCCUGUCUGGUUUCCGCACAACCGGGGUGGACGGUGUCAUAUACGUCAAUGGUCGCGUUCGGCAUCUCAAUGACUUCCGGAAAUGCAGCGCCUACAUCACGCAGGAAGAUAGAUUGGAACCGCUGCUCACCGUGAUCGAGAACAUGAGGGUCGCGGCCGAUUUGAAGCUGCCGUCCAGCACCCCGCAGCACAAGAAGGAGAUGAUCAUCGAAGACAUUCUCUCGACACUUGGCUUGUACGAACACAUGUACACGAAAACGGGUCAAUUAAGCGGCGGCCAAAAGAAACGGCUCUCCAUUGCGUUGGAAUUGGUCAACAACCCCACGGUGAUGUUCCUCGACGAGCCCACCACAGGCCUGGACAGUUCGUCUUGCACGCAUGUCGUAAACCUGCUAAAAAUAUUGGCGCGACAGGGGAGGACAAUAGUCUGUACUAUUCAUCAGCCAAGCGCGUCCUUGUUUCAAUUGUUCGAUCAGGUAUACGUGUUAACGAACGGAGACUGUCUGUACCAAGGAUCAACGAGCAACCUCGUGCCAUAUCUGGAAUAUAUGAAAUUGCCGUGUCCUAUGUAUCACAAUCCAGCAGAUUACAUAAUCGAGCUUGCCUGCGGAGAGUACGGCGAUGACAAAAUCAAUACAUUGAUAACGGGAUCGCAAAACGGACGAAAUUUGCAAUGGUUUGACAACCCGGAAGCCCUGAGGGAUGCGAAAACCUUAAGAGCGGCCCAUCCCUUGAAGGAUGUAUCGAAAGAAAGCCGUGGCUUACACGCAACAAAUCUCACUCAUCAAAUCAAAAUUUUGCUAAGGAGAGGCUACAUCAUGUGUAAACGAGAUACGACCCUGACGCAUUUGCGCAUCGGUGUUAAUAUAAUCGUCGGAAUAAUGCUGGGCUGCGUUUUCAUGCGAUCCGGCGCCGAUGGCUCCCGCGUAUUGGACAACUACAACCUUUUGUUCUCAAUUUUAAUCCAUCACAUGAUGACGACAAUGAUGCUUACGGUAGUGACUUUCCCAAUGCAGAUGUCCAUCCUCGUGAAGGAGCACUUUAACAGGUGGUACAGCCUAAAGGCAUUCUACACGGCGAUAACGGUGAUCGACGUGCCAAUCUCGAUAACAUGCUGCAUACUGUUUUCGAUAAUCAUCUACUUGAUGUCGGCGCAACCGUUGGAGAUUAUUCGUUUUUGUAUGUUUGCGUUCAUCUGCUUAUUGAUUAUGUUCAUAGGUCAAGGUACCGGCCUCAUGAUAGGCGCUAUAUUUAAUGUCGUGAAUGGAACAUUUAUGGGACCGACACUUGCCGUACCAUUAAUGAUGUUCGCCGGAUUCGGAGUGUCAUUACGCGAUCUACCAAGCUAUUUAAAGUGGGGCAGCUAUCUCAGCUAUUUACGAUACGGUUUAGAAGGACUCGUCGGAGCCAUUUACGGGCUGGACAGACCAAUUUUGAGCUGCCAGGAAAAGGGCGAGCUGUACUGCCACUACAAAUACCCUUCGAAAUUUCUCUCGGACAUUGGAAUGAGGGGAGACCAAUUCUGGAACGACGUUAUCGCCCUCGCUACAAUAUUAUUAAUUACACGAUGUAGUGCAUAUAUCCUUUUAAGAUGGAAGCUCGUAUCAUUCCGAUAAAACCGAUACGGCUAGACCUUUGGAAUGCGAUUUUCUUAUACUCUGACAACAUAUUUAUGUGGCUGAGAGACUUAUACGUACGUACUCUCGACUUUUCAAUUUGUUCAAUAGUAUUUAAGUUUUACCCGAGGCAGCACUUGCCGAACGCGUGUAGCGUACCAGAAAAACAACGGGAAGAAAAACAAUGGGAUGAACACUUACUUCUCUUAGCCACUCAUUUGCGCUUGAUUGUAUAUUUUUGCUAGUAUCUGAAAAUUAUCCGGUAUCUAUAUAUAGCGGAAAGAGUCAUGAAUGUUAGGCGCUCGGUAUACAUUCUCUCUGUAGAUAUAUAAUAUAUAUAACGUAUUCAAAAAAGGUGGAGAUCCCUGAACAACUCCGAAAAUAUGCAUUUUUUUCCAUCUUGCAUAUUUUCGGAGUUAUUCGGGGGUCUCCACCUUUUUUGGCCACCCUGUAUAUAAUCUUGAUACAUUGCCUGAUACUCUUGUGAUAGUCAAGUGAAUGAGUAAGACUUGCGUAUGUCUACGUGACAAGUGUAUAUACGUACCUCCAAGUUCAUAUCGAGGGACACAUCGAGAACAUACGACAAGUUUACGUAACAAUAUAAUGUUAGUGGAUAUUACUGCGAUAAUCGUAUUUAAUUUUGAUACUUGAAUGUGAUACGUGCGAGUGUUAAGAAAUUCUACGUGAUACUGUGUUAUAAUGUAUGCGUCGCACGUCAACAGAAUAUUUAGUAAGAUACUUCCGUUGAAAGAUACGUCACUUGAACUUAUCAGUUUCAACGUAAUUGCGUCUGUCAUAGCUUUGACAGCGCUUCGAUUUGCCAGAGGUUUCGAUAAGCAAAUACCAGGAUAACAAAAAAAAACGUGGAUUACGUCAGUCUUUCUAAUAAGAUAUGCAUAAAGAGGACGUACGACGCAAACAGCGAGUAUUGAAUGAAAACGCUGAUUUUAAAAUGCAGAGGCACUGUUCACUGAGAAAUCAUUAUUUUAAUGUGAUAACUUUUUAAAAUUAUGCAAACAAUUUCAUACUGCUAAUUAAUUGACAUUGUGGAUAUAUACAGAAACAAUUACGUUUACUUGGAAAAUUGACCGAGACCCCAGCAGACAAGAUUUUUCAAAUUUACAUACACGUUAUGUAUGUAUCAUCAUUAUUAUUGUUGCGGUUACAACACCUUACGUUUUUUUAUCACUACUAUACACAUAAUUUUACAUUUAUUAUUUUGUUGCAUUCUUGAUGUAAAAAUAUGGAAAUUAUAGGCUAUUAUCUAUUUUACAUUCUUGUCAACUUUACACAAUCGAUGCAUUGAUUUAUUUGUAUUUUAAGAUAUUUUAGUUUAUUAUAUAAUUACAUUUAAUUUAUUUUAUAUGUAUUAUAUAAAAUGCCAAUUCUUACCUUAUUACCAUACCCAAUUAUAUUAUAGAAAAAUAAAUCUUAUAACGUA